AUGGCCAACAGUCGGUAUGAAUAUGUCAAGCUGUUUGAACGAGAAAAUUACUUACUCCCAGACACAUACGUGGUGAUCCGUGUCGACGGAAAGGGAUUCCACAAAUUCUCACAGCACUAUCAAUUCACCAAGCCCAACGACAUCGCAGCCCUACAAGUAAUGAACCGGGCCGCACACAAGAUUAUGACCAAAUACAGCGAUGUAAUGAUGGCAUAUGGAGACUCCGACGAAUACUCUUUCUUACUACGUCGCCAAUGCGAGCUAUACGAACGAAGAGAAAUGAAGCUAUGCACUCUCUUUGCCAGUCUUAUGUCUAGUUACUACCUGUUUUACUGGAACCAGGCAUUCCCCGACAAACAACUCGAAGAAGAUCAUUUACCCGUGUUUGACGGGCGCGCAGUAGUAUACCCCAAUUUCAACGUUGUCAGAGACUAUUUCAGCUGGAGACAAGUGGACUGUCACAUUAACAACCUAUACAAUACCACGUUCUGGAACCUUGUCAUUAAACAAGAACUUACGCCACAACAAGCAGAGCAUAAGUUGAUGGGCACAGUGAGUUCCGACAAGAAUGAAAUCCUUUUCCAAAUGGGGAUAAACUACAAUAACGAACCGGAAAUGUUCAAAAAGGGAACAAUCUAUGUCCGCGAGCUCAAAGACUACAAUACCAAGGAUGAACUGAACCUCAGCUCGCGUCAAAAGUCAAGGGAAGAUAAGAAGAGAAAAAAGGCCGACAUUGUCGAGCAUCAUGUUGACAUCAUCAAUGAUGACGCGUGGUGGGAUUCCAGGCCCUGGUUAAAGGAUUAA